CACGUUCUAUGAAGACUGGUCUUUUGUGAUGGAUGAAGAAAGGUCCAGCAUGCUCCCUACCAUGGCAGCUGGUCUGAACUCCAUACUCUUUGCAAUUAACAUUGACAACAAGGAUUUGAAUGGGCAGAGCAAAUUUGCUCCCACUGUCUCUGACCUCUUAAAGGAGUCAACACAGAAUGUGACGUCUUUGCUGAAGGAGUCCACGCAGGGCAUGAGCAGCCUUCUCAGGGAGAUCACAGCAUCGUCUGCUGUCUCUAUUCUCAUCAAGCCGGAGCAGGAGACUGACCCUCUGCCUGUCAUCUCCAAGAACGUCAAUGUUGGUGAGCCAGAAGGGGUCCGCGAGGUGGCGUAG